CUCCUACCGGUAGUAUCGAAGCUGACUGGUAAAGCUGAGUCUGAGAGGCGCGGCCUCCACGACUUGGGAGUUGAGGGAGCGCCCACCUUCUCCCUGGUGCUCGAUUUUCGCCUUUAUAGAGUUCCGCACUGUUCCUGGGGUCCGACCUGCCGCGUUCCCAGUACCUUUGUCUCCUGUCCAGGAUGCCCCAGCUCGGACUCCUGCCCAGGAAGGCCUGGGUUGCGCUGCUUAGCCAGAUCCUGCGGCCGCCCCACGCCGCCUGCCCCCGGGCGGUCCGCUUUCAUAGCCAGGUGAGCCGGACUGAGAGCUCCCGUCUGUUGCAGCAGGGCCUCCAGGUCGCAGAGGCAGUGUUAACGUCUCAACUGAAACCAAAUCAAGAGAAAUCAAAUUUUAUUAUCAAGACCCCAAAGGGCACCAGGGAUCUUAGCCCCCAGCAGAUGGUUGUAAGGGAGAAAAUUCUUGAUACGGUUGUCAGUUGCUUUAAACGGCAUGGAGCAAAGGGGUUGGAUACUCCAGCAUUUGAGCUGAAGGAAACACUCACUGAGAAGUAUGGAGAGGAAUCUGUGCUCAUCUAUGAUCUGAAGGAUCAGGGUGGAGAGCUGUUGUCACUUCGGUAUGACCUUACUGUCCCUUUUGCUCGUUAUCUGGCCAUGAAUAAAGUGAAGAAGAUGAAAUGCUAUCAUGUUGGAAAGGUGUGGCGGCGGGAGAGCCCGACCAUUGCCCAAGGCCGCUAUAGGGAGUUCUGCCAGUGUGAUUUUGACAUUGCCGGUGAAUUUGACCCUAUGAUCCCUGACGCAGAAUGUUUGAAGAUCAUGUGUGAAAUCCUCAGUGGGUUGCAGCUGGGGGACUUUCUUAUUAAGGUCAAUGACCGGCGGAUUGUAGAUGGGAUGUUUGCUGCCUGUGGUGUUCCUGAAAGCAAGUUCCGAGCCAUCUGCUCCUCCAUAGACAAGCUAGACAAGAUGUCUUGGAAAGAUGUGAGACAUGAGAUGGUGACAAAGAAGAGCCUGGCUCCUGAGGUGGCUGAUAGAAUUGGGGAUUACGUCCAACGUCAUGGUGGGGUGUCCCUAGUAGAGCAACUGUUCCAGGAUCCCAGACUAUCCCAGAACAAGCAGGUCCUGGAAGGCCUGGGGGACCUGAAGCUGCUGUUUGAAUACCUGACUCUGUUUGGAAUUGCUGAGAAGAUCUCCUUUGACCUAAGCCUGGCCCGGGGCCUGGACUACUAUACAGGAGUGAUCUAUGAAGCAGUGCUGCUACAGACACCAAAUCAGGCUGGAAAGGAUUCUCUGAGCAUGGGCAGUGUGGCUGCUGGUGGGCGCUAUGAUGGGCUGGUGGGCAUGUUUGACCCCAAGGGCCACAAGGUGCCAUGUGUGGGGCUCAGCAUUGGGGUGGAGCGGAUCUUCUCCAUUGUGGAGCAGAGAAUGAAGGUUUUUGGUGAGAAGGUACGGACCACAGAGACCCAAGUAUUUGUGGCCACACCGCAGAAAAACUUUCUCCAAGAACGACUGAAGCUAAUUGCAGAGCUCUGGGAUGCUGGGAUCAAGGCUGAGCUACUAUACAAGAACAACCCUAAACUACUAACCCAGCUGCACUACUGUGAGAACAUGGGCAUUCCACUGGUGGUUAUUAUUGGUGAGCAAGAAAUGAAGGAAGGAGUCAUCAAGCUCCGUUCAGUUGCCAGCAGGGAGGAGGUGGCCAUUAAACGGGAACAUCUUGUGGGUGAAAUUCAGAAACGACUGUCCGAUUCUUGAUCCUUGCCUGACUGCCGUCUUCUACUCUUUGUAGAAAAAGUUUCAUCUAGGACUGAGUUCCUGAUGGAUAUCACGACUGCUGGCCAGGAUGGUUGACAAGUGCUUUCUGCCUUUUCCAUCCUUCCUUGGUACAGAAUUAAUAGAAAGCCGUAAAGACUUCUGUGUUCAGUGACCUCAAGUUAUUCGUGUGAGCAGUUAUUCUGCAUGGGGGCAGAUGACUGAUACCAUAAAGAGACAUGCUGUAACUGCAGAGGCAGAUGACAGGUUUGAAGUGCCACUGAUUGCUGCCAACAGGUGCUGAGAUGCUUGCUGUGAACAAAGCUCUCAGAGAGUCACCUCAGGUUGAGAGGAUUCUGAGCAAAUGAGGUCAGAACCCAGAUACUUAACCUUCCACUGCAGCUUCUGAAGCUGAGGCUGGUGAAUUUUUUCACAACCAGCCCUUGGCCUGUCCAGGGAGUUUUUGGGGACAGCAAGAAGAGGCAAUGGUUGCUUUCUGCUAGUGUCUGAAGACAGAGAUGCUAAACUACUGGAUGCAAGACGGUAUCCAGAUUGAUCUGGUAUCUCUCUAGCUCAUCCAUUGUUAACAACAGGGUUGGGCUGUCUCUUUUAAGAUCUUGAAUGUCAAACUUAAUAGGUGACUUGACAAGAUUGAAAUCUGAUCUUUUGAGAUUUUGGAGAUCAUUUUCUGUGCCAGAGUCACUGCUUUUGACUAUUCCAUGCCCUUACAUAGAAUCUGUUGCUGUCAAGUUGAUUCCAACUGAUAGUGACCCUAUAGGACAGAGCAGAACUGCCCCAUAGGGUUUCCAAGGAGCGGCUGGUGGAUUUGAACUGCCCUUUUGGUUAGUAGCUGAGCUCUUAACAACGGUGCCACCAGAGCUCCCCUUCUAUAGUAGUGGCUGUUUUAUAAUUGGUUGAAUAUGUUAAAUAAAAUGUUAAAUGUAGUAGUUUGAGUAAUUAUCAGGGGAGUAGGCCAUAGAAAAUGCUUGAGUAUACACUAGAAAACUAGAACCUUCUUGGGAUGAUGAUUAUGUAUUCAGUGAAAAGAGCAGCCACAGUCUGUUAUGUCUCUAAAAAUUGACAUACAGCAAGCCAUCAGCUAGAGUGCUUCAUCAUAGAGAGUUGCUGAUGAGUGACUUUUCCAAGUCCAAUCGUGUUGAUUAAAUUGUGCCCUAUAGGUUGGAUGAUUAUAAUGUUUCCCAGUUGAAGGAGAAAUGAGUUAACCAAAGGAGUGAUAGCAUUGCUUCAAGAAAAAGAGACAAGAUGCAAAAAGUGCUUUCCAUACAUUUUUGACUUUUGCAAACACUUCAGCAUAGCUUAGGGCCAUAUCCCUAGUGCAUGCAGGUGAAUGGGGCAUCUGUCGUUAGGUGCUUUAGAGUUGGUUCCGACUCAUAGC